AUGAAGGUGUUUAUUUUUUUCUCGCAGAUUUUUUACAAUGUAUUCUAUCUUCUCUCUUUCCACCAGUUUUUUGAAAAAAUGUAUCUGUUCGCCGCUUCUCUUUCUCUUCGUUUCGUUUCGUUCUCUUUCCUUUUUUUUUCUCUUCUUUUCUUUUCUCUUCCUUCUUUUCAUCUUUGUUCGACAGUUAUCCAUACAGAUUAUGAAUCUCCUUCUUCUCUUUCUUUUCUUCAUUUUUUUUGUUUAAUGCUAUCCUACUCCAUUUUUUUUUCGGUCCGCCAUUUUUCUUUUACUCUUCUUUCCUACUGUAUCCAAUCAUUCAAUUUCUCAUGCACACACAUAUUUCUUUCUUCCUUCCUGUCUUUCUUUCUUUCUUUCUUUCUUUCUUUUACUCUUUUUAUCAAUUUCCUUCUCUUCAUUUCACUUAUCCUCGUUGUCUUUUUUUUCUUUUUCAUUCUUUUUAUCAAUUUUCUUUCUUUCAUUUCUCUUAUUAUCCUCUUCUUUCUUGAUUUAUUUAUUUUUCUUUCUUUCUCUUCUCCAAUCUGUUCAUCAAUCCCCUUCUCUUUAUUUCACUUAUUAUCCUCUUCGUCUUUCUUUCUUUCUUUCUUUCUUUCUUUCUUUCUUUCUUUCUUUCUUUCUUUCACGCUUUUAUCAAUUUUCUUCCUUUCAUUUCGCUUGUUAUCCUCCUCUUCCUUCCUUUGUUUGUUUGUUUGUUUGUUUGUUUGUUUGUUUCUUUCUUUCUUUUUUAUUUCUUUCUCCACUCUGUUUAUCAAUUUCCUUCUCUUCAUUUCACUUAUUCUUUUUUCUUUCUUUUUCUUUUCUCUUUUUAUCAAUUUUCUUCCUUUCAUUUCUCUUAUUAUUGUCUUCUUUCUUUCUUUCUUUCUUUCUUUCUUUCUUUUCUCCAUUCUUUUUAUCCCUUUCUUUCUCUUCAUUUCCCUUAUUAUCCUUUUCUUGAUCCCCUUCUUUCUCACUUUCUUUUGCCUUUUCUUUCUCUUGUGCUAA